AUGAAACUCGGAGCGAUUACCAACUCAUGGCGCGAACACCUUGAGAGCGAGAGCAUCGAAUCGCUUGUAGGACAGGCGGCAGCGCGCGGCGCGAUGCACAUCGAAUUGCGGCAGACUUGUCUCGGCGACUGCGAGACGGGCGAGGGUGAUGACUGGCGACCGAACAUCGGCAACCUGAAGGCACUGGUCGCGCAGCAUCCCGAUAUGUCGUUCAAUCUUGCGGUGGCGUAUCCGUGUUUGUCGCAGGACGCGCAGCCCAAAUCCGCGCUGUUCCAGUCGAUGCUGGAUGCCGCUGUUGCCGUGUCGCCGGAUGCCCCACACCUGCGAAUGGUGGAUCCCGCGCGCUUCGAUUCGCUGUGGGACAAGCCUGCGGACAUUCCUGACACCGCGAUGAGUAUUGCGGCCUUAGUGCAGGAGGCCGCCGCGCGAGGGGUUACGCUCUCGAUGGAGAACUCAGGGCAGCCCAUCCGCAGCCUUGCGAUGCUGGUGCAAGCCGUUAGAGACGCCUUGCCUGCCGAGCAGGGCGGAUUGCUGGGACUUUGCCCCGACCCGACGAACCAGCUACGCAUUGACGCCGACAGCGACCCCGUAGGAGAGGUUGAGGCACUGCCGGUGGACAUGAUUAAAAUCGCGCACUUCAAGCAGACACGCGGCGGCACGGCAAUUCCUACGGUGGACAGCGGCGAUGUGGACUGCUCGCGCUUGAUGAAGUCGCUUCAGGACAAGGAAUACGCGGGCGCUGCAAUCAUGGAGAUUCCGCCGCAUGAGCAGGUCUUCGAUAAUCUGUCAGCAAGCUUCGCCUAUCUCAGUGCGUAG